AUGCGUCCUGCGCCAUAUGAACAGGGCAAAAGAGCCUUCCACGAGGAAUCAGGCAUGGGAUCGAUGAAGACCAGGUCGUUCCUGAGCUUAAUCGUCUCUUUCUCCGUCCUCCUCUUCCUUUCCUCCCUCUUCUCCUCCAAUCCCUUGACGGUCAUCUACAACGGAAGCUUCAAACUGUGGCACCCGUCCGCCGGCGACCAAACCGUCAUCAACGACGAUUGCGAUUUGUUCGAGGGGAAGUGGCUGAGGGAUCAUGGCGGUCCGGCUUACACUAACCGGUCGUGCCGGAUACUGCCGGAGUCGCAGAACUGCGAUAAGUACGGGAAGGAUCAGGACUUUGUGAAUUGGCGGUGGAAGCCGGCGGAAUGUGAUCUCCGGCGGUUCGACCCGGUGGCGUUCCUGGAGGCGGUGAGAGGAAAGACGAUGGCGUUUGCUAGCGACUCCGUCGGCCGGAACCAGAAGGACUCACUCGUCUGCCUCUUGUCUCAGGUCGAGUACCCACUGAAUCUAAAAGGUGACAAAGAAGAAAACCAGAUCACGAAUUGGUACUUCCAGUCCUACGAUUUCACCCUCAUGCUCUUGUGGACGAGAUUUUUAGUGCAAGAACAAGAGAGAGUGGUCAAUGGAACGGGAACAGGGGAUUUUGAUCUGCACCUGGACAGGGUUGACACUAACUGGACGGCAAAGCUUCCAUUGGUGAACUACCUGAUCAUCUCCAGUGGGCACUGGUUCUUCAGAAACCUUUACCUGUACGAAAACGGCAAAAUCAUAGGGUGUGUCUACUGCGGCCAGGCGAACCUGACCAACUACGACUUCACCUACGCGAUUCGAAGGGCCUUCAGGACGGCUCUCCAGUCCAUCGACAGGUGCGAGGAGUGCGAAGGGCUGGUGACUUUGGUGAGGACAUUUGCACCUGCACACUUUGAGCACGGGGCAUGGAACACUGGAGGAUAUUGCAACAGGACCAGGCCAUUGAACGAGACGGCGGUCAGGUUGAGUGGCACGGACUGGGAGGUCAGGAAUGCUCAGGUGGAGGAGGUGGAGAGGUUCAGAAUGGAGAAGACGAAAUGGUUUGGAGUUCUAGACGUGACAAAAGCCAUGUUGCUGAGGGCAGAUGGGCACCCGGGGUCGCACUGGAACAACGACUGGAACAGAGGGUUUAAUGACUGCUUGCACUGGUGCUUGCCGGGUCCUAUCGAUACCUGGAAUGAGAUGUUAUUGGCAUUGUUAAGAAAAGGAUUCUCAGAUGUUUAA